UAAAGAAAGACUUAUAAAAGAAAUAUAGACUAAGUUCUGGUAGCAAAUACAUAUAGUUCGAUUUGUAUAUUUAUUAAUAAAUAAAAAUUUAAAAAUGUCCUCACUAAGUAAACUAGCAAAACAACAUAUUGGACAAGCAACUUGUUUGCAAAUUGUUCAUCCCGAAACUAGUUCUUGUUUGAAAUCAUUAUUAGCAGAUCUUGUACCAGUUGCUUUAUCAAAUUUCAAACUUUUUUUUCCAAUACUUUUGGUACGAAUAGGUAUGAAUCUUAAGUGCAUAUGCGAUAAAAAAAUUAUUUAUGAUAUUCUGAAACAUUAUUUGAACCUUGUAAUAUCUGGAUUUGUACUUGGAUUCGGUUCGAUAACCUUUGGUUGUAUAUUAUGGAAAUGUUUUGGACCACGUAAUUUUUUAACAUCAAUCUUUUUACCUUGUGUAAUGAUAUCCAGCAUAUAUGUGAAUUUAGCGCCAGAAUAUGUUUUAAACUUGGCAUCAAUAUCUGCAUUUGAAAUGGUUAUAGAAAUUUUAACACUAAUGAAGUGUGAUCCAAUUACAAAAUUAAUCAUUCAAUCGAAAUUCUUGCAAACGCUACUAUUUAUGGCUUGCAGUUGUUAUAUAAUAAAAAAUGUUUUAAAACAUAAAGUAAAUAUGUAUUGGUUCAUUAAACCUGCUUCCGGUUUGCAAAAAGAAGCCCUAAAUGAAAUAUCAUUUGAGCAGAAGGAAAUUUGUCAUAGAAAUUUAUGCUCGCACAAUGGAUCAUGCAAAACAUACUUUUUUGAUGGAUUAAAAUUUUACGGAAUUGCUGGACUCUGCUUAGAUAUUGUAAAAGAAAUUGGGUCCAGUAAUAAAGUAAAAGGAUUGCCAUUACAUCUUAUUAAAAAAUUUAAAACUUUUGAUUUUCAAACAACAAAAUUUUUACUAUUUUAUGUAGGAAUUUUUAGGUUUAUAAACUGUUGGCUAAAUAAUUUCCAUGGGAUCGAAAAUUUACACAGAAAUACAACCAUUGCUGCGUUUUUAAGUGGAAUAUCUUAUACAUUUUUUCCAAAGUUUUUACCCUUAUCCUAUGGAAUGGCAUGUUGUGUGCGAAUCGCAUGGACGCACUAUAAAAAGAAAUCAACGAAAUCAAGAUUUCAAACUUAUAUUAAAGGAAUAAAUUGGAAUAAACUUACUGUAGCCUUAGCAAUUCCACUGGCAAUACAUUUAUACAUGUAUGAGCAGAAAAUUGUUGGAAGUAUUGGAACGAAGUUCAUUUCACAUACUACUAAUCAAAGAAGUUUAAGAGUUCGAGAAAAUAUAAAAAGAUAUCUUUCACAAUUUCAAUAAUAUUAAUAAAACGUUACAUACUUAUACACACUAAAUUAUAUACACAUAAAUUUA